AUGGGUGGUGUGCCAGUGCAGCCGCGUAGCCCAAAUGCGCCGCCGUUGCCGACGCCUGUGACAGCCAUCACAUUUCCGCUGGAUCAUACAAGAUGGUACCUGCUUGGGCAGCUCGAAUAUUAUCUGAGCAUGCAAAAUAUGGCUCAGGACUUGUUUUUGCGGCGGCAGAUGGAUGCGCAAGGAUGGAUACCGAUAUCGCUUAUUGCCUCGUUCAACCGUGUUAAGCAAAUAACGGGUGGUACUGAUGAUGGGAUCGUGAGAGAUGUACUAACCCUUUCUUCGGUGGUAGAGCUGAAUGCGACUGGGAACUGUGUGAGAAUGAUUGGGUGGGAGCAGUUUGUGUUGCCGGGAGCAAAAGAGAGCACUAUAAGCAUUGACAAGCUGGAGCACCGAACCGAAUCUGAAGAUCUGGAAGAAGAAGAAGAAGAAGAAGAAGAAGAAGAAGACGACGAGGAGGAGGAGGAGGAAGACGAUGUUGUUUUCGUUAUGGGAAGUUAG